UUUGUUUUCUUACGAAGGUGCGUUGGAUAGCAUAUAAAAGAUAGGUUUAUGCUGUAGGAAAAGUCAGUGUCUCAGAGUUUUUUGUCCGAGGAACAAUUGAAAGAUCUUAACUACUUUACAAUGCGUGCUCUAAUUUGUUUGUCAGUGUUAAUGUCCAUCUUCGUCUGUACAUCAGCCUUAGGGUAUGGUCUACUGAACAGUUUGACAGGAUAUGGUAAUUACGGAGGAGGCUAUGGAGGAUAUGGUGGUUAUGGAGGAGUUCCCAAUGGAUAUGGUGCUUAUGGAGGCAUACGACCUGGAUAUGGUGGAUAUGGAGGAUAUGGCGGUGGUUAUGGAGGUCAAGGAUAUGGUGGUUAUGGAGGUCAAGGAUAUGGUGGUUAUGGUGGUCAAGGAUAUGGCGGUUAUGGAGGUCCAGGAUACAAUCAAAUUGGAGGCGGUUAUGGCGGCGGUUACGGUGGCUAUGGGGGCUAUGGAGGAGGACUUUUCAAGAAAUAAAUUUAAUUUUAUGACCUUCAAGAAAGACUGAUUUUCCAACAAUUCAAAUUGUUUGUAAACAAAUUUAAUUUCACAGUUUUAAAUGUACGAUUCAAUUACUGGUAGGAAAUUAAAUAAAACAUUUAGUUCGAAGA